GUUGACGUGCGAAACACACACCGCGGAUCCGACAGGGUUGGAGCUCUAUGGGCUGAAGUUAUUACAAUUUUUUGAUUAUGAAUACACAAAAUUAGUGCUUCCACAUAAAAAGUAUUGAUACUUAAUAUAAACCGUCGUGUCGUCGUCAAAAAGUUUGCCUCAUUUUUACUCAAGAUGGUGUUUUAUUUUCUAAGUGCCGUGGUGAACCCUGCCUACACAAUCUAUAUGGGAAAGGACAAAUACGAAAAUGAAGACCUAAUCAAGUAUGGAUGGCCUGAGGACAUUUGGUUUCAUGUGGAUAAACUGUCUUCUGCGCACGUGUACCUGAGGAUGCAGAAGGGUCUAACCAUCGACGACAUUCCCAAGGAGGUUUUGAUUGACUGUGCACAGCUUGUGAAAAACAACAGUAUCCAAGGCUGUAAGAUGAACAACAUCAACGUUGUGUACACACCGUGGGCCAACCUGAAGAAGACUGGAGAGAUGGACGUGGGACAGAUCGGCUUCUUCCGACAGAAAGAGGUGAAGCUGGUGUCUGUGGAGAAGAAGAUCAACGAGAUCGUCAACAGACUGGAGAAGACGAAGGACGAGCGCCACCCGGACCUGGCGGCGGAGCGGGCCACCCGCGACCAGGAGGAGCGCAACGAGAAGAAGGCCGUGCUCCAGGAGACGAAGAAACGCGAGAAGGACGAGGUGAAGAAGAAGAAGGAGGUGGAGGAACUCAGGAAUUACACUUCCCUCAUGACGGGUGACAACAUGACAACAAAUGAGGAGGCUUACGAUUCUGAUGAUUUUAUGUAAAGCGCUGUACACCACGCGAGACGAGAGACACCCCGCUUGGGGAAUCAACAAAACCCAUUGUUGGGACACUCCCCCACCUGCUCUGCCCAACGGUGCAUGGACAUCGUACAAAGACCAACCCAUACUUUUUCCAGCUGGACACUUGCAGCAGCAAUAGAGCCAAGGUCAGAGAGGGACUGCGUUCGAGACCCUGGUCUGUCUGCUCACUGGCUCAGACAUCAAAGAAAAAGCAUCUUGUUGGACCCACAUAGGAGAUGGCACUCUAUAAAGCAACACAGGCGAGCUUGUUUGACACAGGGCUGAUGUCAGUGCCUAACCAACAGGCCAAUUUGAAUGGCCUUUUGGUUAGACGCAAACUACAAUAAAAUGAUUCAUCCACCAUCUUAUUGAUGCAUAGACACACACAAUAGGUGUUAGUGACCCUCCUGGCCUCAAAUCAUUUUAAUUUAUAGAUGAUUUGCAUGUUGAGCUCGCAUUCCAAAAUAAACUUAAAACAUCUGACGUAAAGAUUAGAAUAAAACUGCUUUGGUGUUCUCCUUCUCAUUGUCAAUUUUAUCCGGCCGCAAGUCAGGUAAUUUGUUUUUUUAUUUUUCAAAUACAAUUUUAGAGAAAGCGAAGAAAUACAAUUGUUUCACGCACUUCAAACAUUUCAUAGAAAAAAUAGACGCUCAGUCACAAGAGAUGCAUUUUAGAGUUUCAAAUAAAAGUCAUAAAUAUAACAGAGAAGGAACCAAAUCUUUCCUCUCAUGCCUUAUCAGAGAACCACCAAUGUAGCCAUUUUUAUUGAUUAACCUUAGCUGCUCCAUCAUAUAGUAUAGUAACUCAUGUGUAAAACCAAGGAACUCUGUUGUGGUUAUGUGUGGACUCACAGCUCCAAGUCCAAUGACCUCCGUCCGUCAGAUGGCUACUUACGUACGUACAUGCGCUCUGGAAAGCUGGUGGAACUACUUUCUCGCAUUUUCAUCUGCUUGUGUCUGUGCCAAAAAAUAAAACCUACCAAUUCAACGUA